GGUACUGACUCACAGCAGCCCAAGGGAGACUGGGAAUUGAAGUCCAACACAUCUAAAAGUCGCCAUGAUUGGAAAAACGGGGCUGUAGAGGAUUGAUUGGUCGAUGCUGAUUUCAAUUCUAGGUUAUAACAUGGCUGACAACCAGAUUGACCCAUGUCUAUGCAUGGCAAAACUUAAUGAACAUUGUCAGAAGAACUUUUUACAAUUGGAGUAUAGAGACAUUUAUAACACAGCCUCAUCACAUGAUCAUUUAUUCACUGUAGCAGUUUUCAUUGACAAGGUCCAAUAUGAAUCUGCCACUGGUAAAACCAAGAAAGAAGCAAAAGCUCUGGCAGCUGUAUUAGCCUGGAAUACCAUACAAGAGCAAAAAAAGGGAGAACUGGAUUCAUGUGAGCAGCACAAGGAGCCAAUUAGCUAUGUUUCCUGGCUUUACGAAUAUGCAUCAAAGAACAAUGUGAAAAUUCAGUAUAACUGCAUAUCUAAAACUGGAGUGCAACAUAAACCAGUCUAUUUUUAUGUGUGUCAGAUUGGUGAUAAAGAAUUUGAUGUUGGAAGAGGAAAUAAAGUUAAAGCAGCCAAAAAUGAAGCAGCCAAACUAGCAUAUGAAAAGUUGACUAGGUCCUCAACUUUCGGAGCAGAAGAAUGUACUAACUCUAUCAGUGAUUCUUCAGAAACGACAUUUAGUAGUAGUCAAGGACUAUCGACUGAAACAUUUGGGAGCACUACAGAUUUGGAUUUGGAACUGGAGAAGUCAUCUGACACAAUUACACAACAUGCUGAAGCCAUUCAGCUAAAUGAAUCUUCAUCUUCUCAGAACGCUGGAGAACUGGAUUCAUGUGAGCAGCACAAGGAGCCAAAGUUAUCCUUGCUUUCUCCAAGUGUUCCUGAAUUUACAUUGUCAAAUCCAAUUAACUAUGUUUCCUGGCUUAACGAAUAUGCAUCAAAGAACAAUGUGAAAAUUCAGUAUAACUUGGAAUCUAAAACUGGAGUGCAACAUAAACCAGUCUUUUCUUUUGUGUGUCAGAUUGGUGAUAAAGUAUUUGAUGUUGGAAGAGGAAAUAAAGUUAAAGCAGCCAAAAAUGAAGCAGCCAAACUAGCAUAUGAAAAGUUGACUAGGUCCUCAACUUUCGGAGCAGAAGAAUGUACUAACCCUUUCAGUGAUUCUUCGGAUGUGACAUCUAGUAGUAGUCAAAGUCUAUCGAAUGAAGCAUCUGGGAGCAGUACAGAUUUGGAUUUGGAACUGGAGAAGACAUCUGACACACUUACUGAACAUGCUGAUGCCAUUCAGCUAAAUGGAACUUCAUCUUCUCAGAACGCUGUCAGUCCACCUAGUCAAUCUGUGAAACCUAAAAGAAAAGAAACACCCUUGGCUGCAAGAUUUUCAAAUCUGUCUACAAGAACAAGUAAAUUCACCAAAAACGACAGAUUUCUUCAAGAGUUUGUUGAUAUAGAGGAAAUUGGUUCUGGUGGAUUUGGAAAUGUUUUCAAGGCAAAGAAUACCCUGGAUUGUAGAUUAUGUGCUAUCAAACGCAUCCUUUCAAACAAAACAGAAGAUGAAACAAGAGAAGUUAAAGCAUUGGCAAUACUGGAUCACCCUCACAUUGUUCGAUAUUAUAAUUGUUGGAAUGGAGAAGAUAUUUUCCAGUUUCCUGAUACUGUGAACAGCAGCUCAGAGAAACUUAAGUGCCUCUUCAUUCAAAUGGAACUUUGUGAAAAAGGAAAUCUAUCGGAUUGGUUAGAUAAAAAAAAGGGAGAUUCUUGCAAAGAUGUUUCUAUAAUUCUAUUUCAGCAAAUAGUGGAAGGAGUGGAUUAUAUUCAUUCUAAGAAUUUAAUUCAUAGAGAUCUCAAGCCUCUAAAUGUAUUUUUUCAUGAUGAAAAUCACAUAAAAAUAGGUGAUUUUGGGUUGGUAACAGUAGGGGUCACUAACAGACAACGGACAAUGAACAAGGGAACAUGGAAUUACAUGGCACCUGAGCAGGAAGGAAGCAGUUAUGACAACAAAGUAGAUAUCUUUCCAUUAGGAUUAAUUUUGUACGAAAUGCUUUCCCCAUUUUACACUGUCAGUGAGAAAUAUCAGGAAUGGCCCAACAUUAAAGAAGGAAACCUUCCAAAAACAUUCACUAAGAAGUUUACAAAAGAGACUUCUCUAAUUAAGCAACUGCUUUCCAAAAAGCCAAGUGAAAGACCAUCAGCAGCUGAUAUUUUGAAAACCCUAAAAGGCCAACCUCAUAUACUACACACUUAUUAGUGAAUUUGUCAAAGCGCAGGUUUUUGGUUCAUGUUUCUUUUGCUUUUCCUGAUGUCUGAAUACACAGAUUGCGAGACCCAUUGAAAUGUGAAGAAUUGGGUUACUCAUUGCUAUAUUUGGGAUUUCCUGAGAAGUCAAAUGCAAAGAACUUCAGCAGAAUGGGAAGAUCUAAUGGAAAUAGAAAGAAUGCAUUUUGCAAGACCUUUUAAUCUCAUCCUGUGUGCAAAUGCAUAAUGGCAAUCUGAAGUAUCUGGAUUUUUUUUUUUUAACAAAGAGUUUUAAUGUGCCAUUCCAAUACUGUUGCUAUACAGUUAAGUUUAAUAUUGUCUAGGGAAGUUAAUACUAUUCUUCUAACUCAUGGAACUACUCGUAAUCAAGUGUUAGUUGCUAUCUUUUGCUUUGUGAAAAAUAGUACUAUGUGAUAAAUCUACAGUUUUAUGACAAGAGUAUUCACUUCCUUUCAGAUUUUUUGAAUCUUUGCAAAUGAAUGCUAUUGGAGCUUCAUAUAUAUACUACAGUAUUGAUUUAUGAAAAUGUUAUAGAUGAUAUAUGGGUUGGUUUCUUUUGCAGAACUGUAGAUGUAAAUCCAUAAAUCAACCUUUUAAUUUGCAAUGCAUACAUGGGCAAUUGUUUUGGAAAGACAAUGCAUUUAAUUGCACUUAGCUUUCAUUUUUCUUACAAUCAAGAGUAAUGCAUCUAACAGUGCUUAUAAUUAUGUUGUUUCUAAAACAGAUUUAUAGAAUACAUUCUAAUAUGCUAACUUGCAUUUGUGUUUUGAGAGUUUAAGAACCGUGGUGGCGCAGUGGUUAGAAUGCAGUACUGCAGGCUAUUUCUGUUGAUUGCCAGCUGCCUGCAAUUUGGCAGAUUGAAUCUCACCAGGCUCAAGGUUGACUCAGU